GAAGAGAAGUCUGCACUUUGCUGAUGAAUAAAUUUGUUUAUUUACUUUUCUUAUCGUUAUAAAUAAUAAAAAUUUGUAAUGUUAUUUUUUCAUCAAUAGACAUUUUGUAACAAGAAAUAUUUUUUAAGUUGAUUUAAAUUGUUGUUUUGAGCCAUAAUUGCUCAGUAACAACCACUAUUAUAUUUCUUAUGAUGAACAGAAUUAGGGUCGAGUAGUGAUUUACUAGUGUACUAGUUUAUAUAAUAUGAUUACGGUGGUAUUAUUACAACUAUUGUUGUUUGUAAGUGGGAGCAAAUAUGGUUUUAUUAAGUGGUCUGAUAAGGCCGUUGUAUCAGUGACCAACGAUCCUAAAUUUAUUCCACCACUUCACGUCGCCAGGGCCACUUACAGCAAUGAUAUUAAUUCAACGGGAUGGGCCUUUUUGGAAUUACAUACAUCACCAGAUGCAAGUGAUGAAAAGCAAGCAUAUGCAGCAGGAUUUCUGGAAGGAUUUCUCACCAGAGACCUUAUUUGGAUGCACUGGCAAAAUAUGCUAAAAGGAUAUUGUUACAACAGAAUAGAUGUGUGUGGUCUGAUAGAAGAAUAUGUGGACAUAAAUGAGCGCUACAUCGCUGACAUGAUUCAUACUCACCCAAAUGAUGCAUACUGGUACCAUGUAAAGUUAUAUAAGAUACAACUAGAAGGUUUGGCUGCUGGCUACAACCAGGCAACUUCUGAUUCUUAUCAAUGGCUGACUACUCGUGAUAUACUAUGGAUUAACAUGUUAGGUGACCUUGAUGACCUGGCAUUUGCGCUUACAAUACCAAAGAACACUCCCGAGAGUCUGCUAUUUGGGGAACAUUGUAGUGGGCUGGUCAAGUUAUUACCAGAUAAUGCAGAACUCUUCACAUCUCAUGUAACCUGGAACAGCUACCAAUCGAUGCUGCGGUUUCAAAAGAUGUAUGUGCUCAGUUACCGAACAUCCCCAAACAAUGCCAAACCUAUUCCCGGCAGAAAGAUAGCCUUCACUUCUUACCCUGCUUUUGUUCAGUCAACAGAUGACUGGUACAUAACGUCUGCGGGUCUGGUGGCCGCAGAAACGACCAUCGGGAACAGCAACAGGACGCUGUACGAGCACGUUCAGCCCACGGGACAGUUAAUGGAAUUCGUGCGAGCAAUGGUGGCGACCAGAUUGGCCACGAGUGGAGCUCACUGGGUCGACUUGUUUCGCAGACACAACAGUGGGACUUACAACAACCAAUGGUACGUCGUCGACUAUAAAAAGUUUAAGCGGAAAACGCAGAAAUCCGAAGGGCAAGUUCAAGCUGGCUUGUUGUGGGUAAUCGAACAGCUGCCAGGCUUCACAGAGGCAGCCGACUUAACGGAAGAACUAAAGGCCACCUCGUACUUCCCAUCGUACAAUAUCGCAUACUUUCCUCGAAUUUUCAAUCUCAGCGGGGGUAACGAGCGAAUCGCUACCUUCGGCGACUGGUUCGCCUACGAGACGAACCCGCGAGCUAAGAUGUUUCGUGAAAAGCAGGAGUCAAUCGACUCGAUGGGCAGUAUGUUCCGCGUUAUGCGAUACAACGAUUACCGCCAUGACCCCCUGUCGCGGUGCGCGUGCAUCCCACCCUACAGCGCCUGCAACGCCAUUUCCGCACGGAACGACCUCAAUCCUGCCAACGGUUCAUUUCCGUUCCGGGCGCUGGGUCACCGAAGCCACGGCGGAACCGACGCCAAGGUGACGAGCUCGGAGCUGGCCAAGAAAUAUCUUUUUCUCGGCGUCUCGGGGCCCACGUACAACAUUUCCCGGGGCAUACCGCCUUUUCAAUGGAGUAAAUUUGACAUGGGCUCAGAGGUGUUUCACGAAGGCCAUCCGGAUGUUUGGAACUUCUCACCUCUUAUUCAUCAUUGGGAGUGGGGCUGAAUUUUCAGCUGGUUAGUUAGCAAGACAGUCUAAACAAGACAGGGUAUAGUUACAUUUCUUUCAGUGUCUCAUGGACAUAAUAAAAAAUAUAUAAUAUAACAUUUUGUAUAAAUGAAUGUAUAUGGUAUAUAUACGCAAUAUAUGACGAAUUCCCUUGUGACCUUUCUUCACUUUUGGGUGCCUCAUAAUUUAGAAAUUAAAAGUGUAUAAUUUUAAUUACAGGAACUGGAAUUACAAAUAUCUGAUAUGAAUUAGUCAAUUUGAUAUUUUUUCGAAGUUCACUUUAAUUGAUUAUUAAGUAUUACUUGAAAAAAGUCACAGAAAUAGUUGUCCAAACUCAAUUUCAUUCAGGUUUAAAUUACGUAACAAAAACUAAGUACUAAAAAUAAAAGACUAAGACUAUUUCGAUAAUUCAUAUUUUUAAUUAGAUUACAAGGGUAUAAGUUUCAUAAAUAUAUGAU